CGUGUAAGCAGAAAAGGAAAAUGGCUUAAGCAACGACGACGUUUGUUUGGAGAGCUGAGAGGAUGGAACAUUUUCUGUUGGUUCUGUGGCGCCGAGAAAAGCGAUGAACUAGUGGACAACAUGCUUUAACAGACAAAAAGCGUAUUCCCAACCAAUCUAGUAAGACGAUACAUAAUUUAAGCAAUGAAGAACAAGAAAGGCUUGGCUAUUUUGAUGCGAACCAGAAUGAAAACUUCCACCGAUCCAAGUCGGCUACCUCUCUUACCUCUCACUGGCAAGGUUAAUCAAAUGCUAACCGAUGCUAAAGGAAACGCAUUUGAUACUAGUGUACCGCAAGCUGCUGCAGAGGAAGCACAAGGACCCACCAAGCUUAACCCCCCCGCUGACAGCACUAGUUACAGGGAUUUCGAUGCUGUUCGGGAAUCUAUGCACUCCGCCAUAUCAUUGAACAAAGCUGAGGUUCUGGAUGUGGUUCUUGAUGAUUUCUCUGAGGGUUAUUUUAGCCUUUCCUUUGAAAACCGCCGGAAAUUAUUGAUCACGCUCGCCCAAGUGUAUGAUCUCAAUAGAGCACAAGUUCGUGAUCUCAUCAAGCAAUACCUUGGACUUGAACUUCCUGGCGGUAAUGCAAGUGAAUCUAGUACUGUUGAUGAGGAAGCCAUGCUUUCUUGUUUCUAUCGCGUUGAACGGAACUUGAGACAAGUUCUUAAGCCUGCAUAUGAAGUCCUUUUUGAACGACUCAACAACCGCCCUGGGGGAUUGAAGUUCCUGUCCAUUUUUCGGGCUGAUGUUUUAUCUAUUCUCGCAGAGGAAAAUAUUGCAUCUUUGCGAGCGCUAGAUUCCUACUUAAAGGAAAAACUUAAUACAUGGCUUAGUCCUGCUGCAUUGGAGCUUCACCAGAUUACAUGGGAUGAUCCUGCUUCUUUGCUGGAGAAAAUUGUGGCUUAUGAGGCUGUGCAUCCAAUCAGCAAUCUUUUAGAUCUUAAAAGAAGGUUGGGUGUUGGUCGUCGUUGUUUCGGAUAUUUACAUCCCGCAAUACGUGGUGAGCCCCUUAUUUUCAUAGAAGUUGCCCUUCUAAGGAAUGUGGCUCAGACAAUACAGGAAGUUUUAUGGGAUACUCCUCCCAUACCUGAAUCUGAGGCCACAUGUGCAUUAUUUUAUUCUAUAUCAUCAACUCAGCCUGGCUUGGCAGGAAUCAACCUGGGAAAGUUUCUUAUCAAACGUGUCAUUAAACUGGUUAAAAGAGAGAUGCCCCAUAUAUCUACAUUUGCAACUAUAAGCCCAAUUCCUGGAUACAUGCAAUGGCUGCUAUCUAAGUUGGCAUCUCAGUCAAUCCUUGCUGAAGUGGAGAACAUGUCACCAUCAUCUUCAAGCGGAUCUGUUUCCACUUUUAGGGAAAACAUACUUGAACCAGAGGAAGAAAAAUUACUCUUGAGUUGUUCUGAGGAGUCUUUUCCUGGAAAAAGUGGCAUGGACGUCAUGUUGAAGCUGUUGACAUCAACAAAAUUUGAAUGGAUCAGUUCACCUGAAUUGCUUUCAGCAUUAAAGCCCCCUCUAAUGCGACUGUGUGCCAGGUAUCUUCUGGAAGAGAAAAAGAGAGGAAAAGCUCUUGAUUCUGUUGCAAAUUUUCACUUGCAAAAUGGAGCGAUGAUUGAAAGAAUAAAUUGGAUGGCAGACCGAUCUGAGAAAGGCCUUCGUCAAAGUGGAGGUAUCAUGGUGAACUACAUUUAUAGGGUUGAGAGAAUUGAUGAAUGUGCUCAUUCAUAUUUCAGCACUGGUCAUAUACAUGCUUCAAAUGACAUCCGUCGAUAUACUUUGGGAGUUUAGGAUUGCUGGAAAAUCACUCGAGUAAAUAAUUUUGCUCUUCUGUUUAGACAGAACUUGCACAUUUAGAUGUGAACUCGUUAAUCACGUUUUAACUAAUGCCCAAUCAAACUGGGAAAUAACUCCAGAAAUCCAAAAACCCAGAUUUGAGGCUACCAUUACAAGUAAAAUCUUGUUGAUACUGUCUCUCGGGUGAAGUUGCUUUGCUCAUAAAGUGGUUUGCCCUCUUAAAAUCUCCGUUCUCUGUCAGAAACUUUCAGAACAUAUAUAAUACCAAGAGGAUGUAUGUAACUUGUCAAUUCAGUUCUUAUGUAUUGCAUUUAUAACAAUAGUGGAUGGAUACAUAUUGUGACACUGUGAUUCUGGUGCUCAAUGUUUGAUCACUUCUCACUUUCUACAUCUA